GGGCACUUGUAGUGAUGAGCACUGGGUGUUGUAUGUAAGUGAGGGAUCGCUAAAUCCUACACCUGAAACUAAUAUUACACUGUAUGUUAGCUAACCGGAAUUUAAAUAAAAACUUGAAAAUAUGUAUUCUAUCUGAUAACAGGUCUGAAAACACUUUUAUGUGGACCAGGUACCUGUGUAUUUACUAAGCCCAGGACUGGGCAUGAGGGACAAGAUCCCUGCCUUCAGGGAGCCCGUGGUCUAGCAAAUAUAAAUGAAAAAUGGGAUUGGUUUUGACCCACAUAGCCUUUUUAAAAGAUCUGACUUUGUGGUCAACAUUCUAAAAUUGGAAGCCAUUACAUAAAAGUCGGGAUUUCUAUUCUCUCUUGGAAAAUGGGGCACAUGUUCCAAAUGCUCGGAAACUGGCACUUGGGUCUGCAUUCCCAUGCAGCAAGUCUGGCUGUCCUUGAGAGAUGCCAGCGCCUUUGACUGGGUCACGUGUCCCCGUCCCCCCACAGUCCCCACCGCUCUCUGUUGCACCAUACCAGCACCCUUCACCCAUCUCUGUUAUCUGGCGGGCGCCUAUAGGCAUUGGAUUUCAAAGCUCUGAUCUGAUAGGCAAGAGGGAUCGGAAUGGAAUGUCCUUCCAGGUGGUCUGCGUAAGGCUGAUGCAGUACCUCCAUUUUGCAGAUGAAGAAACUAAGGUUUAGGAAGAUGAAAUGAAUUGCUCAGGGUCACAACAGCUCCGCUGGAGUAGAACCCAGGUCCCUUGACUCCAGGACCUAUACCUAUGCCCUGCCCUGGCCAGAGUUCCUUGUGAGAAAGAGCUCAAUUACAGGCACAAGAAGCCUGUGGCACUGGGGCGACCCAGAGGGGAAGUGGUGACAGGGACGGAAGGCCAGACGUCCUCAUGCUCACUCAUCUGUGAGAAAGAGUAAAAGCGAGAGAAAGCUGCCUUGGGGUGGCUGUUGAACAGGAGCUCUGACCGGGACCCAGGGCCAGCUCCUAGACACACAACCACCAGGACUCCUCAGCGCCCGGCAGGGUCAGGGAGCUCAGCCACAGACUACCCAAAGCCUUCUUGGCAAGCUCAACAGGAGCCAAGGGACCCUCCCCAUGGAGAGACGCUGGGUGAUGGAGGCAGCCAAUGGCUGUAAGGAUGGCUUGGACUUCAACCCCAUGAAAGAGUACAUGGUCCUGAACAAUUCCCAAAGGAUAGCUAUUGCUGUGCUGUGUACCUCCCUUGCCCUGCUAAGUGCCCUGGAGAAUCUGGCUGUGCUCUACCUGAUCCUGUUCUCCCACCGGCUCCGCAGGAAGCCCUCAUACCUGUUCAUUAGCAGCUUGGCUGUGGCUGACUUCCUGGCCAGUGUGAUCUUUGCUUGCAACUUUGUGAAUUUCCACGUCUUCCAUGGCAUGGAUUCCAAGGCUGUCUUCCUGCUGAAGAUUGGCAGUGUGACCAUGACCUUCACAGCCUCUGUAGGCAGUCUACUGCUGACCGCCAUUGACCGCUACCUCUGUCUGUGCUACCCACCUACAUACAAAGCCCUACUCACCCGGGGGAGGGCACUGGCAACUCUGGGGAUCAUGUGGGUCCUCUCAGCAUUGGUCUCCUACCUGCCCCUUAUGGGAUGGACUUGCUGUCCUAGUCCCUGCUCUGAGCUUUUCCCCCUGAUCCCCAAUGACUAUCUCCUGGGCUGGCUCCUGUUCAUUGCCUUCCUCUUCUCUGGCAUCAUCUACACUUAUGGGCAUGUCCUCUGGAAGGCCCAUCAGCAUGUAGCCAGCUUGGCUGAACACCAGGACAGGCAGGUGCCAGGAAUGGCACGAAUGAGGCUUGAUGUGAGGUUGGCCAAGACCCUGGGGGUGGUGCUGGCUGUGCUUUUCAUAUGCUGGCUCCCGGUACUGGCCCUCAUGGUCUACAGCCUGACCACCACCCUAAGCAACCAGGUCAAGAAGGUCUUCGCCUUCUUCUCCUUGCUCUGCCUUGUCAACUCCAUGGUCAACCCCAUCAUCUAUGCCCUGCGGAGUGGGGAGAUCCGCUCCUCUGCCCAUCACUGGCUGGCCCACUGGAGGAAACAUCUGAGAAGACUCGGACUUGAAGGAAACAAAGAAGUCCCAAGGUCCUCAGUCACUGAGACAGAGGCUGAUGUGAAAAUCACCCCGUGGCCAGAUUCCAGAGGACUAAACUUUUCUGAAUGCUGAUGAGUCCUCUUUCACAGUUUUAAACAAACUGAGUCAGAAUCAUUUCGCUCCCUGGAGGAGAGAGAGCAGCCUUGAUCCUAUUGUCUUAUUUGAGCCAGGCCCCAGGGCUUGGACACUUACCCCUUUUCACUGAUGACUGAUGGCAAUGACCCUGGCAGGUAGCCUGGCCGUGCCUAUUUGCACACAGACUGUUGGAUAGCUAGGCCCUGUGAGAAGUGGUGCUCAAGCGAGAGGCUUGAGCAGGCUCAGUGCACGUUUGGGUUAGGAGAACCUCCCCGACAAGAUGGCUUAGUGCUUGCAUCCUCCAGAGACCACAGGAGCCAGAUGGAGCCUUCAGGCUCAGCAAUGAGAGACUCAGAGGAAAUCUGAGAUGAAUGGAUUAUUUUCCUGGCAUCUCAAGAUGUCAGAUGGGAUGGCUGGCCAACCCCGUUCUUGCUUGAUUCUUGGGAUCUCCUUGGCUCUAAGGCAAUGAAAGACCCCAUUUUCUGGUCACCUUUUCCUACUGAGGAUCAAAAACUUUGAUACAAUAAGGAUCAAGAGUGUUGAUCCACCUCUUUCACAGCUAAUUGACAAGCCUCUAGUUCAGGGAAUCUUGUUAUUAGGGCAAUGGCCCCACUUGACAUUCUGAUAAUCUCCAUUCACGGCCGCGGUGACCUCCUAGGUUCCUGGGGAAUACAGGGGAGGCUGGGACUGGUUGAGACACAGAAUUUUCAGAGAAUUUUGUGGACCCUCUGAAGUCCUUCCACUGGAAGCAGGCAACAGUCUAACUCCAAGAAAAAGGAAGACAUUCACUAAGAUUUCAUAAACCCCCAAAUUGUUCCCAGUUGCCCCUCAGUUCAGCUCCUUUGUCUCCUCCACACCCAUAUAACAAAAAAUAAACAGAGCAAGUGGGAGGAGGGGGAAAUUCCCUUACUACGUGCCAGGCAUGGGACUGACAUCCCACAGUCCAUUAUCUCCAGCAAGAACAUAGCCCCAUGCUUUUGAAGAUUCCAGGACAUCCAUAUUUUACUUAUCAGGGAAGGUAGGUUCCUACCAAAGCAGCUUACUUAAAACAAUAGACUAGAGAAAUUGUUGGUGCAGAGGAUAACAGGAAUUCUAAUGAAAUUUGUGGGACCAUAGACAGAAUAAAAGGAAAGAUAUUGAUUAAACAGGAAUAUUAAAAAUAUUCACUUACUAUUUACAAGACAAGGUGUCCACUAAUGCACCCCUCUCACAAAUACGUGCCAGGCUUUGUGCUAGGUCCUGGUUGUGCAGCCAUAAACAAGACUCUGCCCCUGUCUAAUGGGGCUUACAUUCUACAUUCAGGUGGGAAGACAGCCACUAAAGAAGAUAAUUCCUGGUGGUACAAUGAAGGAAAUCAUCAAAGUCAUGUGAUAGGGAUUCACUGAGGCAACUUUAGGUAGGGUACCUACUAUGUGCUCUGGUCGUAAAUGCCACAGCUGGCUUUUAUAGAAUCUUUACUAUGUGCCACACACUGGGAUAAGUGCUUUCAAAUGAAGUAUUUUACUUAGUCUCCACAAUAACCUGACCACAAGGGUCCUGGUACCCUCAUUUUAUGGAUAAGGAAACAUUUAAGAGGCAAAAUCACUUGUCUGAGAUCACACUGCCGAUAUGUAUCCAAAGCUGGGGUUUCCACAGCCUGCCGCCUUUACCAUUAACCUCCUGGCCUAGUUCAGCCAAAUGCUGCUUGAUUAGGAAUAAUACUUGAUUUCUAUAACAUCAGAUUGCUGCAAUCUUAACUCACCAUUAUUUCUCAACCUACUUCAUUUUAUGUCCUGCUCAGUUGGUGGAACAUGCCACUCUUGAUCUCAGGGUUGUGAGUUCAAGCCCCACGUUGGGUGGAGAGAUUACUUAAAAAUAGAAACCUUUAAAAAAACAUUUUUCCACCAAGUGGCCUAAAACGACAGAAACUUAUUCUUUCAUGGAAGCUUCUGGAAGCUAGAAGUCCAAAAUCAAGGCAUGACCAGGGGCAUGCUCCCUGCAAAGGUUCAAGGAGAGUAUCCUUCUUUCCUUCUUCCAACUUUUGGCAGCUCCUGAAGUUCUUUGGCUUGUGGCAAGAUAACUCCAAUCUCUACCUCCAUCUUCAUAGGACACUCCUCUCCCCACCUUAUCUCUUGGUGUCCUUUUUUAAGGAUGUCAUUCAUUGGAUUAAGGCACAUUCUAAUCCAGUAUGACCUCAUCCUAAUUUAACAAAUUACAUCUAUAAAGACUAUUUCCAAAUAAGGAAACAUUCACUGGUUCUGAGUGUACAUGAAAUUUGGGGGGGACAUUAUUCAACUCAGUACAGCCCCCAAGGACAAAGUCAACUACUCAAUUACAGCCCAUAUCAUGGACUGUGUUAAGUGGCAGUCACUUGCUAGUCUUUCCCCAUGAGAUGAGCUCCACGUUCAUCUCUUGGUCCCCAGUGCUCCUUGACAAUCCAGCAUAGAGCCUUUUUUUUCUUCAAAAUUUUUAUUUAAAUUCUAGUUAGUUAGCAGAUAGUGUAAUAUUGUUUUCAGGAGUAGAAUUUAGUGAUUCAUCACUUACAUGUAACACCCAGUGUUCAACAUGACAAGCGCCUUCCUUAAUACCCACCACCCUUUUAGUCCAUCCCCCACCCACAUCCCUCCAUCAGCCCUCAGUUUGUUUGCUUUUGUUAAGUCUAUUAUGGUUUGCUUCCCUCUCACUUUUUUUUUGCCUUCCCAUAUGUUCAUCUGUUUUGUUUCCUAAAUUCCACAUAUGAGUGAAAUCAUACCGUAUUUGUCUUUCUCUGACUGAAUUAUUUUGCUUAGCAUAAUACACCCUAGCUCCAUCCAUGUCAUUGCAAAUGGCAAGAUUUCAUUCUUUUUGACGAUUGAGUAAUAUUUCAUUAUAUAUAUCCCACAUCUUUAUCCAUUCAUCAGUCGAUGGACACUUGGGCUUUUUCCAUAAUUUGGCUAUUGUUGAUAAUAGCAUAGAGUCUUUUUUUAAUAUAUUUUUUAAAGAUUUUAUUUAUUUAUUCAUGAGAGACAGAGAGAGAGAGAGAGGCAGAGGGAGAAGCAGGCUCCCAAGGAGCAGGGAGCCUGAUGUGGGACUUGAUCCCAGGAUCCUGGGAUCAUGACCUGAGCCGAAGGCAGACGCUUAACCAUCUGAGCCACCCAGGCGCCCCUAAUAUUUUAUUUAUUUUUGAGAGAGAGAGAGAGAGAGAGCAUGAGCAGGGGAGAGAGGGGUGGGGAGGGGCAAAGGGAGAGCAGACUCCCCACUGAGCAGGGAGCCCGAUGCAGGACUCAAUCCCAGGACUCUGGGAUCAUGACCUGAGCCCAAGGCAGACACUUAACUGACUGAGCCACCCAGGUGCCCAACAGCAUAGAGUCUUAAGAGAACGGGUCAAUAUCUGUGGAAUCAAACUGCUCCCGAAAAGCAUUUUGGAAUAUCAAAAUUUAUUUUAAUCCAGAUACCUAUAUUUUUGUAAGGCAAAGACAUGGCAUGAGUUUUUAAGGUAAAUUUGUGAUUCCUUAAAGUUUGGGCAUACCCUUCUUUAUUCAUUGGUGGGGUCUUUUUUUCCUUUUCUCAAAGAAAAUGCCCAAGUGCCUGGCAUAUAUCCAUACUCAGUAAAUAUUUAAUGUUUAAUGAAUAAAACUAGAGUUUAAAAAUCAUUGAAUUAAAUGCACUUCCACACUUCCUCUAUUUCUCUUUUCACAUUCACACUCCAUUUCUGCUCUAAAUAGAGAACUAGUUUAUGGAGGAGAGCAAGCAGAGAAAGGGGACCCUGGAUGUGACAGAGAGCUGCCCUCAUUGUUCAGAUGAGGGAACGGACCCAGACAGUGGACAAGACUUGCCCAAGAAGCCCCAACAAGGUGGUAUCCAGUGCUAGACAUGCGUGUUUCCCAAUUUCCAGCUUUGUCCACUCUGUUGUCAUGUCUCUCAUCUGUCCCUGCAGAUUUACAUGUUGGUUAUGAGGAUAAGGAGAAGUGAAGGUCACAGUGUCCCAUUUUAUCUUCCCCAUGAUGAGUUCUCUAACAUCAAAGACCAUUAGUCAGUCUGAUCGCUAGAAGGUGUGUGCAAACAAAAUGGGUUUUGUUUUGUUUUGUUUUUUUGAGGUAUCCCUGCUCACUGCUCUGGGCACUAUUUCAACAUAAUCUUGGGGAGAAAGAAACACCGAAAAUAAAAUAGCUGUUCGACGAGCAACAGCUACUGUGUUUCCUUAUCACUCCUAAAAUGAGGAAGUGCUUGGUUCUGUCAACACAGGGCCCAACAACCUCCGAGGGUGCAAGAGGGAAGGGCUUUUUGAGAGGCACAGAUUGCACACCAGGAUCCUUGGAUUCUGGUCCCAACCCUGCUCAAACUAGCAGUGUGAUCUUGGGCGCCUCCAAUCCCCUCUGUGGGUCUCAGUUUCCUCCUCCGCAAAAUGGGAAGAGUAGGGAAGGGGAUAGUGUCGAGGAUCGCCAAAGUCCCUUCAGAGACUCUGACAUGCUGCAGUUCUCUCGCUGAUAGGUGAGGACUGGCUGUGCCAGGUGGAGUCAUUAGACCUUCCCCACCUGAUGACCUCACUUCCUGUUUGAGCACAGAGCGUGUACAAAUUGUAGAGGAACCGGUGACCUCCCUGGCAGAGAAGGUUGACACGGGCACUCCUUGGGCCUGGGGCUCUCGAUUUUCUCACCCUGCUACUAUAAAUACGUUCUUUUGUGGCAGUCUGUGCAUGGGUCUUAUUUUCCCAAUUAGACAUUAAGCUCUUUGUAUUGCCUCAGAAUUCCCAAAGCAAGCUCAGUAAAUAUUAGACAGGCAAAAUGAUCACAGAGGCUCUUCCUCAUUCAGUGCCCACCUUUCUCCCUCCGCUCCCUGGUAAUACCUCCUUCCCCCAUCCCUCCUCCCCGUUAUUUCUGCCAGGACUGUCACAAUGCCUUUCCAUCUGGUAUUCCUGCCUCCUUGCUCUUCUAUACUACAGUUCAAGAUGUCCCCUAUGGCUCCCAAUAGCAAAAUGGACUACCCCCAGCUCUCGGCACGCACUGGGCCUUUCACACCCCCACGACUGAACCCCGCUGUGAGGUCUCUUCCCCAGUGUUCGUUCAUCCCUCCGCGGAGCGCGGUCAACGACGCUUUGUGUUUUUCUCCCUUUGAGCGCCAGGGGGCGCUGCAGGAACGGCCGAGCCGGAGGGGAAGACCGUCGCCAAGCAGCCUGGGUUGACACGCCCCCUUUCCCUUCCGAGCCAAUCAUUAG